AUGUCCAGACCAGAGGCAAAAGCCCAGAGCGACAUCGAGAAGACCGACCUUGACGGCUUGGCACGAGAGCAGCCGACUUCGGAUGAUUCUGGCACUGGCGAGACCCUUUCUGGGCAGGCUGUUGUGAUCAUCCUGCCUACCAUCGGCCGUGACAUUGGCAUCCCGGACUCUCGACAGCAGUGGGUCGUCUCAGCCUACGCCCUCGCCUUCGGCUGCUUCCUGCUCCUCUGGGGCCGGAUCGCUGACAUCUACGGCAAGCGGAAGAUCUUCGUGCUCGGCUCUGGCUGGGUGGCCGUCACGCUGGCUGUCAACCCUGUCAUACCGAAUGAGAUCGCCUUUGACCUGUUCCGCGGGUUCCAGGGCCUUGGUGCUGCCGCAAAUGUGCCGACCGCCCUUGGGAUCCUUGGGACGACCUUCCCGCCAGGCAAGGCCAAGAACUAUGCCUUUUCUAUGUACGCCGCCGGCGCACCCCUUGGCAGCAUCUUUGGUAACCUCCUGGGUGGAUUGAUUGCUAGCUAUGCGCAUUGGACAUGGGUGUUCUGGGCUCUCGCCAUCCUCGCUGCGCUGGUCACCGUCGCUGGUUACUUUGUUAUUCCUCCUCCGCCGACCACGCUGCAUGCCCAAGGCGUCAAGGUGAAGGCAACUGUCGACUGGAUUGGCGCAGUCUUGAUCACAGUCGGCUUGAUGGUGAUGCUCUUUGCGCUCACCGAGGGAAACGUGGUUGGCUGGAAGACCCCUUGGGUGCCGGUGCUUAUCGUGGUGGCCCUCGUCAUCAUCGCUGCGUUCGUCUUCUGGCAGCACCAUCUGGAGAAGACGGGGAAACAAGCGCCCCUGGUGAAGGUCUCUAUCUUCAAGAGCGGGCGGUUCAGCGCUGCCAUGGUCAUCAUGGCCCUUUUCUUCUCGAGUUUCAACUGCUAUCUCAUCUACACCACCUACUACUUCCAGGACUUCCAAGGUCUGAGCCCGAUCCAGACGACUCUUCGGUAUAUACCCACUGGCGUUGUUGGUGUGCUCACGGCGGCGAUCACCGCGAGGCUCAUCGCGAUCAUACCGACGUACUUGCUCCUCAUGUUCGGCAACCUCUGCAUGGCCGUAGCUUGCCUGCUCUUCGCCGCACCUAUACCGCCGACGACGACAUACUUUGCCUACGGCCUUCCAGCCAUGGUGCUCAGCGUGUUUGGAGCAGACAUCACAUGGCCGUGCAUGACGCUCUUCACAUCACACUCUCUACCCCAAGCCGACCAGGCUAUGGGCGGUGCGCUGGUGAACGCGGUCGGUCAGUUCGGCCGAGCCAUUGGCUUAGCCAUAGCAACGGCGAUCCAGACCGCUGUCAUGGCAGAUGCGAGGGGGACGAGUGUCGACGGCUCGGGCCCGAUGAAGACGUGGGACCAGCCAACCCUCAAGGGCUUACAGGCUGCGCAGUGGUUUGACUUCGCACUUGGGGCGGCAAAUCUGCUUGUGGUUGCUGUAGCUUUCCGUGGCUCGGGGAUUAUUGGGAAGACUGACCGGAAGGAACAGAGCGGAGUGACGGCACAGGAACCAGGUAGGAGAGUGGCGGCGAGGAGGGCAUAA